AACCAGAGAGUGUUUUUUGAAAAAGAGAGCGGGGGUUGGGUGGGUUUCAGUGUUUCUCUCUCAUCGGUGUAGAGUUCACACUCUUUGCCAAUUUCUCACUUUCUCGGCAUCAAUGGACGUUCCUAAGGACCAAAUCUCUACACUUCUCGAUCAUGGCCUCUACACCUCUGCUCAAUUCCUUGCUUGUUUUCUUGUUUCUUCGUCUACUGUCAAUGCCGAGACCAGUCCACAUGUCAAAGCCGAAAACUUGGUUCUCCUCGCCGAUGCAUUGUUUCGCGAACGAGAGUUUCGUAGGGCAAUUCAUACAUACAAGCAAGCGCUACAACAUUGCAAGAUUGUUCCCAAACAAAGUACAAUGACUAGAAAUUCAUUGCCUACGUCAAACAGGUCGUCUUCUCCAAAUUCUUUUAAUAAUUUGGGGAUUAAUGAAAAUGAGGUGAAGUUCAAAAUUGCAUCUUGUCACUAUUCACUGAAUGAGAAUAGAGCUGCUCUUGUUGAGAUGGAGGGAAUUCCUAACAAAGCAAGAAAUCUGCAAAUGAAUCUAAUGAUGGGCAAGCUUUAUCGAAAUUCGAGACACACUCGUUCUUCCAUUGCUUGUUACAAAGAGUGUUUGAGACAUUGCCCUUAUGUUAUUGAGGCUAUCAUGGCCUUGGCUGAACUAGGAGUUGCUUCGAAGGAUAUUAUUUCAUUAUUUCCUCAGACACCAAAUAGAAGUGGUAGACCUCCAUUUGAUCAUUUUGACUCAAGUCGCUGGUUGCAUCGUUAUGUUGAGGCCCAGUGUUGCAUUGUUUCAAAUGAUUACAAAGGUGGUUUGGAACUCUUCACAGAACUUCUACAACGUUUUCCUAACAACAUACACAUAUUACUUGAAAUGGCAAAGGUUGAAGCCAUUAUUGGAAAAAGAAGUGCAGCCAUCACGAAUUUUGAAAAGGUUCGAUCAAUCGAUCCAUACAUCGUCACUUACAUGGAUGAGUAUGCAAUGCUUUUAAAGAUAAAAUCUGAGCAUUCAAAACUGCACAAGUUAGUGCACGACUUGCUGAAUACUGAUCCUACAAGGCCAGAAGCUUUUGUGGCGUUGUCUGUUUUAUGGGAGAGGAAAGAUGAGAGGGGAGCUUUAUCUUAUGCUGAGAAGAGCAUUCGAAUUGACGAGAGGCACAUACCAGGUUAUAUAAUGAAGGGCAACUUGUUCUUAUCAAUGAAUCAGCCACAAGCAGCUGUAGUUGCUUUCAGGGGAGCUCAAGAAUUGAGACCUGAUCUUCGUUCUUAUCAAGGUUUGGUUCAUUCUUAUUUGGCACUUUCAAAAAUUAAAGAGGCACUUCAUGCUGCAAGGGAGGCAAUGAAGGCCAUGCCUCAAUCAGCAAAAGCUUUAAAAUUAGUUGGCGAUGUGCAUGCUAGCAACUCUGGUGGAAGAGAGAAGGCAAAAAAGUUCUAUGAGUCAGCUCUCAGGCUGGAACCGGGUUACCUUGGAGCUGCAUCGGCACUGGCUGAGCUCCAUGUCAUUGAGGGCCGAAAUGGAGAUGCUGUAUCUCUCCUCGAGCGAUAUCUCAAAGAUUGGGCCGAUGAUUCUCUUCACAUUAAGCUGGCUCAAGUAUUUGCUGCUACAAAUAUGCUGCAAGAUGCCUUGUCACAUUACCAGGCUGCACUAAGGAUAAAUCCACAGAAUGAAGCAGCGAAAAAAGGAUUAGAACGCUUGGAGAAACAGAUGAAGAACAUAAUGGGCAAUUGUUUUUGUUUCCAGAAGAUAGCAACAAUUUUCAACAUUUGAGGACUAGAAAAACAAGGGAGUGGAUCCAGAUGCUCCUGAAGAAGAUGAAGAAAAUGAGGUUGAGGAUGCGGAUGGCGACCAGAUAGAGACCGAGCUUCUAUGAUCAACAGCUGCAACAUCUUUUCUCUGGCAAUUUUUUUUUUGGGUGCAAGGACUGCCAUGGCGUUUGGCAUAUUUCCUGGCAGAUUGCUCUUUAAAGCUGAAAAAAAGAGGAAGCGUUGUUAACAAUCUUGUUUGAGAUGGUGCAACUAUGCAUCAUAUGUGAGCACGUACAGUUCUUUUCUUUUGAUUGUUCAAGGAUCAGAGGAGCAAAUAAAUUUCAGGCCUCACCUGCAAGGUUGCUGCUUCGGUGGAAACAAAUUAACUUGGCAUCAUUGUCUCAACUCCUAGAGAAAUUGUCACAAGUGAUUGAAACCCUUUCCCAAUGUUGUAGAAUUUGGCACCAGAAUUGUUUUAUUCCUUCCGAGUUGAAAUUCAAAGCAGAAUAUGUAAUCUUUCAUAUGUAGAUUUGUUCACCCAUGAAGGGAACUUACAGGUGCAACAGGGGGAGGGGGGAAGAUUGUACUUUUUUUUGCAAAUUUUCAGCUUUCUUUUCCAUUGCCAAUAGUUAGAUUGUGUUUAGAUCAUGAAUUUGGAUAGGGAUUUAGAAAAGGAAAUGAAAAAUGUGGGUGAAAUAUAAUUGAAAUAUAGUUACAUAUUACUUAUAUUUCAUUCAAUUCUCCCUUUUUUUCAUUUCAAAUCUCUAUUCAAAUUCAUUAUCUAAACGUGGUUUCAAUAUUCUUGUUCA